AUGAGUGAACUAACGCAUCCAUUGAUUGUUGAUGGAUGGUUCAGAGAGAUAAGUGAUGAAUAUUUCCCUGGACAAUCUUUUGCCUUGAAAGUUGAGGAAAUCUUGUAUGCUUCAAAGUCUGAAUUUCAAGAUAUUUUAGUUUUCAAGUCAACAAAUUUUGGUAAUGUACUUGUGCUUGACGGUAUAAUCCAAGUUACUGAGCGUGAUGAAUUUGCAUACCAAGAAAUGAUUUCACAUGUUCCACUGUUUGCGCAUCCUAAUCCAAAGAAAGUAUUAGUUAUUGGGGGUGGUGACGGGGGUGUUUUAAGGGAAGUUGUUAAACACGAAUGUGUUGAAAGUGCCACAUUAGUUGAAAUCGAUGACAUGGUCAUUCAAUUGUCUAAGAAAUUCCUACCAAAUAUGGCAAAAUCUUAUGAGAAUGAAAAAGUUAGAGUUGUACUACAAGAUGGAUUUAAAUACCUCAAAGAUUGUGAAAACCUAAGAGAUGACGAAAAAUAUGAUGUCAUUAUAACGGACUCCUCAGAUCCUGAUGGACCCGCUGAAGCUUUCUUUCAAAUAGAUUAUUUCAGAUUAUUAAACAAUGCAUUAACCAAAGAUGGUAUUGUCAUUUCAAUGGCAUCUGAAAACAUUUGGUUAAAUUUGAGUAAUCUGAAAAAAUUGAAGAAUGUAUGUGAAAAGGUUUUCCCUGUUGUUAAAUCAUGUUACUGUACUAUUCCGUCAUAUACAUCUGGACAGAUCUCUUUGAUGGUGUGUAGUAAAAACAAGGAGAUUGAUGUGAGUAAACCAAACAGGGUUUCAGAACGGGAAACUGAAUUAUUCAAAUACUACAACCAUAAGAUUCAUAGUGCAAGUUUUGUGUUGCCUACAUGGGCUGACAAAGAACUCAAUUAA